AAACAUUGUGUGGUACAGAAUGUCUUGAUCUAGUGAGCAUCUGAUUAAAAUUUGGCUUUUAAACAAUCGUGUUGUAACCAUUUUACAUCAUUAACCAGUUACUUAUAUCAAGUUUAUAACGAACACUCGUAAGGUUCGCAGGUCUCCAAAUGUUCUGCAAGACUUCCUCUUACAUUUUCCUCAUGUAUGUUAGUUGAUGUCGUCGCGAGGCUCUAUAUAAAUAUUCGUUUAGUUGAAGUGAUGUUUUAGUGCCUGCCUGUACAUACUUUGUGUUGUCGCCACUUGUCACCAAGUCCAACUAUCUGCGAAUGUAUCGUAGAUGUUGAGGAGUUACAAAACUGACUUUCAUAAAAAUGUUCCUGAAUCGAAGAAUAUGGAUUGUGUUGUGUACAUUGGGAGUCGCGUUUGGGGUACCAACUGAAAUAGUAGAAUCACCAGACAGUGUUAAUUCCACGUUAGAAUAUGACAGCCAAUUUUGUCACCCACUGGUAAUAGGCCACCGCGGUGCCAGUGGGUACGCUCCAGAACACACCCUCGGCUCAUACGCCCUCGCGGCUCUCAUGGGAGCUGACUACGUAGAACCAGAUCUAGUCAUUACCAAAGAUAGGCGACUAGUCGCUAGACAUGACAAUGAAUUAGGUUUAACCACUGAUGUGUCCUUACAUCCAGAGUUCGCUGAUCGUUACACCAAUAAAACAAUAGAUGGCAAACAAAUGAGCGGUUGGUUUACUGAAGAUUUCACUCUUGCAGAAUUAAAAACGUUACGUGCCGUAGAGCGCAUUCCAAAUAUCAGACCAGGAAACUCGCGAAUGGAUGGCGCCUUCCAGAUACCAACAUUUCAAGAAAUUAUUGAACUAAUCAAAGGCUUAGAAUCCAGUCAAAAUAGAAUUAUUGGACUUUACCCAGAAAUUAAACACAGCACGUAUUUCGAGUCUCUCGGAUUACCAAUGGAACAGUUAGUAGUGGAUAUCCUUCACAGCUACGGUUACCAAGGAUCUCACGCGCCGGUCUACAUCCAGUCAUUUGAAAUAAAUAAUUUAAAACGACUGAAGCGAAUGACUGGUAUUCGUCUUCUACAGCUAUACGAUAGUCCAGACAUGACGCCUUUCGACCAGAUAGAAAAAGAGAACGCACCAACGUACGCUGAUAUGGCUACACCAGAGGGACUUGCAGAAGUUGCGAAGUACGCUUAUGCGGUAGGACCAGAUAAGAGCUACAUAAUACCUCGUGACGCAGAAAAUAAUCUGGGGGAACCUACAACUUUUGUUCACGAUGCUCACGAGGCGGGCUUGAAAGUGCACCCAUAUACGUUCCGUGCAGAGAAUGCGUUCUUACCAACAGAUUGUCGUAACAAAAUGUACCCAAACUUGUCAUCAGCUCUGGGUAAUUUAGCCGCUGAGAUCACGGCUUAUUUCAAUGCAGGAAUCGAUGGUCUCUUCAGUGACCAGCCGGAUAUACCCGUGCGAAUACGAACCGGUUGUUUGAGAAAUAUUAAUUGAAUGACUUAUUAGAUUAAGUAGUUGCAUGUACGUACAAAUAGCUUUCAGUUCCUGUUUGCAUAAUCAACUUUGUAUGUAAUUUAACCAAAGUGCCUAAGUACAAGACUUUGCUUUUAAAUAGGAAUUCGAAAAGGUUGGCUCAUGAGGGAGAAAAUUGGUAAUAACUUUUAUUCCUGUAUAUCACAUUUACUGUCAAUAAUAGAACAUGUGUGGUAUUCGAAGAUAUCAUAAAAGUACCAAUAAACCUAUGCAUAUCGCAUUGACACAGAUUCUAAGAAAAACAUUCUUCUUGAUUGUUUUUGUUAGUUGAGGUUACAAUACGACUUUUUUGCUGCCUCUGCGACAUAGGGAUAGAUACAAAGGUGCAUUAUGUGAUCAUCAUACUUAAUACCUUUAGGAUUUGCACUUUGUGAAGUGGAUGGUUAAUAAAACCUAGGUGACUAGGCAGUCAGUUAAUCACUGGCGACCUACAAUAAGUACAAACUACCAUAAGUUAAGCUAACUUUUGAACAAGAAAAAGAAAAACAAAACUCAAAUUCCCGUUGACUAAUCUUACUUUACAAGAAACGUACAUUUUGUACUUCCGUUGUAAACAAGAACGGUCAACAGGUAAAACCGCAAAUAUUAUUAUCCGUAUUAUUUUCCUACCUAUAUUAAUUAGAUUACCAGUUACUUUAUUAAUUUAAUUAACUAAUGAAAUGAUAGGAAAUAAGUUUAGGUAUACCAAUAUCGAUGUUUUUGUAUGUUAAUUACAUAAUAUUUACAA